AACGGGAUGACGUUGCUUAUUUAAAUGUCUCCAGAGCGGAGGGAUGGAGAGAAGGUCUGAGCGGACUGAAGGCACCGGCCAGGCCCCCGCCCCAGCCUCCGAGCCCCGGUAACCGGCAUCAUCCCUGGCUGAGACAUGCCCGGUGCCAGCAGCUGAAGGAUGGCAGCCUGCCGUGUCCUGCUGAUGGCCGCGCACGAGCUGCUCGCCCGCUGUCCGUGGUGCUGAAGAGCCCGGCUCCGGAGGAGAAGCGACUGCAGCCCCUGCAAUGUCACAUUCUGUCAUCCCUCAGCCUCCAGCGCUGCUGCUCGGCUAGGAUCCAGCACCUCGGGCCCCGGACAGUACUGGAUCCAUCCUGCAGAGGAGUCCCCGGAGGAGGACGCGCUUUGCUUCUCGCACAGGCAGGAGACUGGGGCGGUCUGCAGUUCUUGGUCACACUGGUGCAUACUGUAUAUAUGUCUGUGUGUGUGGGAAGAGCAGCGUGGGAAGCGGAUCUUUGUCGAGAAGGACAUGAUCGGAAUAAGCAUUGGGCUGGCUUCCUAGUGUCGCCUGAAACUACGAGACUCUGGGAGAAGAAGGCACAUGAAUGCGCGCUUCUUCUGUUGGAUAUACUUUUUUUAAUAUACAAUUGUUAUUUUUUACUACAGUAAAGUACAUAAGAAAACUUCUCGCUCCUUUCACUUGUUUUCUCCUUCGGGUUUUGGAAUUAUCCUUGGAUUUAAAAGCCAGACACUUGAUGUGCUCCUCCGAUGAGUGACGGGGGUUAGAAGAGGCGGCGGAUACAUUCUGAUUGAGGAGCAGUGCUGAUGGUUCAGGAAGAAACACUGUAAAAGUUCUUUACAUCACUUCAGUGCAAAAUCUUAUCUGGGCAAAAUGGGAGAGCAACCCAUCUUUAGCACCAAAGCCCAUGUCUUCCAGAUUGAUCCAAACACAAAGAAGAACUGGGUUCCUACCAGCAAACAUGCAGUUACUGUGUCCUAUUUCUACGAUAGCACAAGGAAUGUCUAUAGGAUUAUUAGUCUGGAUGGGUCAAAGGCAAUAAUAAAUAGCACCAUCAGUCCCAACAUGACAUUCACUAAAACAUCCCAGAAGUUUGGCCAGUGGGCAGACAGCAGGGCUAACACAGUAUAUGGCCUUGGCUUCUCCUCCGAGCACCAUCUCACAAAGUUUGCAGAAAAAUUUCAGGAAUUUAAAGAAGCUGCUCGAUUAGCAAAGGAAAAAUCCCAAGAAAAGAUGGAACUGACUAGUACUCCUUCCCAGGAAUCUGCUGGAGGGGAUAUUCAGUCUCCUUUAACACCCGAAAGCAUUAACGGAACAGAUGAUGAAAGAACAACCCCUGAAGUGACGCAAAAUUUUGAACCAAGGGCUGAACCUACGCAGAAUGCAUUGCCAUUUACACAUAGUUCUGCAAUUAACAAGCACUGGGAAGCAGAACUGGCCACACUCAAAGGAAACAAUGCCAAGCUCACAGCAGCCUUGCUGGAGUCUACUGCCAAUGUCAAACAAUGGAAACAACAGCUUGCUGCGUAUCAGGAAGAAGCAGAACGUCUCCACAAACGGGUGAGUGAGUUAGAAUGUCUCAGCGGUCAAGCAAAUGCAGUGCAAACGCACAAAACAGAACUCAACCAGACUAUACAAGAAUUAGAGUCAACACUGAAAAAGAAAGAAGAGGAAAUAGAGAGAUUGAAGGAAGAAGUUGAACACGCUAAGGAACUACAAGACCAGAGGGAUUCUUUGAGCCAAAAAUUACAGGAAGUGGAGUCGCAUAACAAAGACUUGGAAGGACAACUGGGCGACUUAGAACAACGACUGCAGAAAAGUCAGGGCGAGCAGGAAGCAUUUCGCAAUAACUUGAAGACUCUUUUAGAAAUCCUGGAUGGCAAAAUCUUUGAACUCACUGAAUUGAGAGACAGCCUGGCCAAGUUGAUAGAGUGCAGUUAAAAAGGCAAAAAAAAAGGGCUGCCACCACCAACCUUCUCAAAGACGCACCGGCUCACUUCACAGCACGGUGGUGGGCUCUGUAUCAGAGUUGCACAAAAUCUGAACGGAAAAACUCCUUUCCGAGAGUUUAAUUGCAAAUUUAGUAGUUGGCUGAAGUGUGAAAUUGAGACUUGCUUUAUUAGCUAACAGAGAGGAAAUUAAAAAUAAAACUUGAAUUACAAAUUACCUCCUUAUUCCCUUAUUGGCCAUAAUGAACUUUAACACAUUCAGUGCCAGGUAGUCCUACACUCUAGCCCUGAAUGUACAAGAUUCUUUCCAGUAGUUUUUGAGUAAUCCAUCUCCGGAUUGCUGACAGAUGAAUAUAAAAAAAAAAGUAGUCACCAGUGUUUAGUUUUUUUUUGUUUUGUUUUUCAGACAUACUAUACAGAAUAUUGCUUUAUUUUAUAGGUUUUUAUUUAGUUCUUUUCUAUGAAAUACCUGCUUGCAAUGUUUUGUGCAAAAAAAAUAAUAAUACAAAAACAAAAAAAAAACUUAGUCACGGGAGAAGCCCUUUGUAUUUUUGUUGAAAUCUGAACAUUUUCUCAGGAUAUUUUUGCACUGUCGAAAAAAAAGUGCAUUACUAUUUGACCUAGCCAGGAGUGAGAGAGACUUCACUUUAACUGACAUUAGUUAGAGUACCCGCCUACCCGUUGUAUAAUGUUCUUUCUUUUUAUACUGGAAGAUGUCUCUUUGCAAAACUUCACUCUGGUGUUUAUUUCUUUACUAGAACCGUCUGGUGUAAAGUUUUACCUUUCAUUUUAGUUAAUUUUAAGGCAAAAGGAAAAAAAUAAAUAAAAAAAAUCGGUCUCAUUUUCUUAUACACUGUAAAGCCAACUCCAAAGGCAGCUGAACAUUAUGGAGAUUAAAGUUGUUACAUUAGUAUAUAUUUGAAGAGUAUUACUAAGAAUAUUUAACAAGAGUUUAAUAUAUGGACUUUUAACUGCAUAUGAGUAUGUUUUGAAAUGAAUGCAAAAUGUUUACUUAUGUAUUUUGGAAGACAUCAUUUCUGAACGUCCAAUGCAUCUCAAUGUACGUAGUAAGUGAUAAUAGGAAAUCCUGUUUGUUCUUAAUUAUAUCUAAGGAUGUACCUCUAUUGGGAAGCUGUUCAUUUUAAUUGAUCAAACUGUGAACUCAAUUUCUUGGAAAUGUAAUGAUCCCGGUUUAGCCCCUUCAUCCAUGAAGACCAUUUCUGCAAAGUUUCUCUGGAAUUCAGUAAUUUUCAUUAUAAAGCACUCCUUGGGAUAAGAAUGCAGCUUUACCAACAUGCCAAUGGGUUUCCCAUUUGGCGACAAGUGCCAGUAAUAAUGUAAAUUAGGUUCCCGAGAAGUAGAUGAGGAGAUGUUCACAGUGUGUUUCUGGUGCUGCAUUUAUAAGCAUAUACUUAGGCACUUGCUGGGUAUUAAUACCUCAAAAUACACAUUUAUUAGGUAUAAGCUCUUGUCUGUGUCUUAAUGCAACAAUAUGGUUUAUUUAAUGCGCAUUUAUUUAUGAAGUAUACAGUUACAGCAAUUUUAAAUGUCCACUUGCUGAGACUGGGGGAGCAUCUUGUAUUGUGUGUGAAGAUAUUGCUCCCAACAACAUGAUUUUGUAAGCGCAGAAUUGAUCUUUUUUUAUUUUUCCAUAGCUCACCACCCACUGGGAUGAUAUACUUUGAUAUGUGUAUAGUACCUCUCACAGUGGCCAUGUUGCUAUACUUCAGACAUCAUUUUCUGAUCUUAUUCACAUUAAAGGGGCUUCCGGGGCCCAGCAGGUUCCACAAAGCUUAAUUACUCACAUAUUGCCUAUAAAGGAAAGUUUCUAUUAUACUUACCGUCUCAAAGUUAUGUGGAUCGGCCACUCGGGAACCCAGUCAGAAGACGCUUCUCUCUAAAAAUCUUGCUUCUGCAGACAUCAUGCCCUUACCAGGCUUCCAAUCUGGUUGAUAGAGAGGCCAUCACUUCUGCUGUGGACGGAACUAUAACCAUACUUCUUCAUGCUGCAUGUGCAGAUGAAGUGGAUGCAGGAGUUUGCGCAUGCCCUGGGGGCCCAACUACAGCAGAAUGAUGUCCCCAACCAUCAACCAGACCAGAAACCUGGUAAAAGAUGUGAGUUCAGCAGAAGCAAGAUUUUCAGAAGAUGAGUAUCACAAGAUUGGGUUCCCAAGUGGCCAAUCCAUGCAACUUUGAGCUGGUGAGAAUAUUACUAAACUUUCCUCCACAGAGUUUGUGGAGCCCACAGGGUCCUAGAAAACCACCUUAAGGUCAUAGAUGCAUCAUGUUGACUGAAUAGAGAGAUGGG